GCGCGUGUGAUGUGUUUGUGUAUCCUCAGUGUUUUUCUCUCUUGCAUGUUUCAUUGAGUGUAAACGGAGUCUUGUCUCUGUGUAUUUAAGUGUUGAGACGUUGAUGAUGAGAUGUGCUGUAAAUAAGUAUGAACUGAUCUGUCCAUGCUGGAUAUAUUGAUGAUUUCAUCACAGAAAUCUCUCAGCUGAAGAAAGAGGUGGAGUUACUGGAGACAAUGCUGAGGUCAAGAGGAGAUUUAGCAAUGAAUCGAGAGAAUGUGGAUUGUUGUGAAUCUUCAGUGUAUGUGACUGAUGAUGGGAGUCUGGAUUCAGUGUGGAUGAGCAGAGAUCAGAGCCGCACACCACAGCCACUGCUGGACUCUAAACUCUCUGAAGAGAAAUCCAGACACACACAGGACUCCGAUCUCAGUCUGACUUUACUCUGUUAUACUGAGUCAAAGCCCACAGACACUCAGGACACUACAGUGUGUGACAGUAAACAGAGCUUACAGGAGGAUCAAACCUCCACAGAGUCUCUGGAUUCUGUCUGUAACGCUGGAGAACAGCAGCAGAUCCUGCAGACCACACUGAAGAUGUGUUCAGUCAAACUCAUCGACUGCACGAACCUCAUGAUGAAGAUUAAAACUGAACCCACAGAAAUUAAAACUGAACCCACAGAAAUCAAAUCUGAACCCACAGAAAUCAAAUCUGAACCCACAGAAAUCAAAUCUGAACCCACAGAAAUCAAAUCUGAACCCACAGAAAUCAAAACUGAACACACAGAAAUCAAAACUGAACACACAGAAGAGGAAGAUCGUACUGAGGAAGAUGAUGAUUUUAUUCCAUCAGAUGUGAAGAGUGAUUCAUGUUUGGAUAUAGAAAUAACGUCCUCAACAUCAAAAGAGCGACUGACAGCACAAACUCUUUCCUGCAUCACCUGUGGAAAGACAUUCAGCUCACCGAGACUUUUAGAGCGACAUGAGAGAAAACACACAGAACAGAAACUCUUCACCGGAUCUGAGAUCAGCUUUACUACCUUACAAGAGAAGAAACUUCAUUCAGAAGACCACAGAGAGAAGAAGAAGAAGAAGCAGUUUCACUGUGAGCAGUGUGGGAAGAUUUGUGUCUCUUCCUCUGAUCUAAAUGUUCACAUGAGGACACACAGUGGUGAAAAGCCUUUCAACUGCACUGAAUGUGGAAAAUACUUCAAAACCAAACCAAAUCUUAAAGUUCAUCAGAGACUUCAUACUGGAGAAAAACCUUUCAAAUGCUCUCAGUGUGACAUGGCGUUUGCUUGUCCAAGUAAUUUAAGAUUUCAUCAGAGAGUUCACACUGGAGAGAAACCUCAUCACUGUAGUGUCUGUGGGAAGAGUUUUAGUCUAAAGUCUAACUUACUAAAGCACCUGAGAGUUCAUACAGGUGAAAAACCUUACAAAUGCUCUCAGUGUGACAAGACGUUUGCUCAGUCAGCUCAUGUAAAAGUCCAUCAGAGGGUUCACACUGGAGAGAAACCUUACGUCUGCACUCAAUGUGGAAAGCGCUUCUCUAAUUCAUCUCAUUUCAGAGUUCAUCAAAGAGUUCAUACUGGAAAGAAACCUCAUCACUGUAGUGUCUGUGGGAAGAGUUUCUUUAAUUUACCUCAAUUCAGAGUUCAUCAAAGAGUUCACACUGGAGAGAAACCUUACGUCUGCACUCAAUGUGGAAAGCGCUUCUCUAAUUCAUCUCAAUUCAGAGUUCAUCAAAGAGUUCAUACUGGAGAGAAACCUUAUCACUGUAGUGUCUGUGGGAAGAGUUUCUUUAAUUUACCUCAAUUCAGAGUUCAUCAAAGAGUUCACACUGGAGAGAAACCUUACGUCUGCACUCAAUGUGGAAAGCGCUUCUCUAAUUCAUCUCAAUUCAGAGUUCAUCAAAGAGUUCAUACUGGAGAGAAACCUCAUCACUGUAGUGUCUGUGGGAAGAGUUUUAGUCUAAAGUCUAACUUACUAAAGCACCAGAGAGUUCAUACAGGUGAAAAACCUUACAAAUGCUCUCAGUGUGACAAGACGUUUGCUUAUUCAGGUCACUUCAAAGUCCAUCAGAGAGUUCAUACUGGAGAGAAACCUUAUCACUGUAGUCUCUGUGGGAAGAGUUUUAGUGUAAAGCAUACCUUACUAAAGCACCAGAGAGUUCAUACAGGUGAAAAACCUUACAAAUGCUCUCAGUGUGACAAGACGUUUGCUCAGUCAGCUCAUGUAAAAGUCCAUCAGAGGGUUCACACUGGAGAGAAACCUUACGUCUGCACUCAAUGAGUGCGUUUACAUGAACAGUCUUACGCCGAUUAUGCUUAAUAAACUGAUAACACGUGGGGUCAUGUAAACGCGUAAAGCCGUUUUCUUUAAUCGGGGAAAGCCCAUAAACAGCGUAAGCAAAAACCGAUCGGCACAGGUAGUUUUUUGCUCAUUACGCCGAUUUCGCGUGGCAUGUAAACACCUUAACCGGCUUUCUCACGGUUUUGUCCAUGUGCGCAUGUCUCCGCGUAUGAAAGAUAAACGUCCCACGCGGAAGUAAGCGCAAGGUAACGCAUAAAAGUCUCCGCUCGACUAAAGCAGUUGGCAGAGAAACUGUGAAAAUAAAAGCUCAUGUUACAUUUACAGGUUCUGCAGACACGAGGAGAGAUACAACAGUAAUUAAUACAGAUAUGUCGUUUACUUUUUGAACGACUAUUGUGUACUAUAGGUGGUGACGUCACUGCCUGCGAGAAAACUGAUAAUUCUUCAAGUCCCAUGUAAACGCAGUUAUCCGCAUAGCUGGCUUACUGAUUUGCAUGUAAACGCAUGAAAACAGUUUUCUGUAAUAAGCAGAUUUUUGAUAGAUAACCGCUUAUUCUGUGCAUGUAAACAUACUCAAUGUGUAUCUCAAUGUGAAUCUCUAAUUCAUCUCAAUUCAGAGUUCAUCAAAGAGUUCAUACUGGAGAGAAACCUUAUCACUGUAGUGUUUCUGGGAAGAGUUUUAGUCAAGGGUCUUCAUUACUAAUGGCGCUUUUCCAUUGCAUAGUACCCCACGGUUUAGUUUAGUUUGGGUCGGGUCAGCUCACCUCACUUUGGCGUGGUUAGCUUUUCCAUCGAGUUUAGUAUCACUUCGGAGUGGGAGGGAUUAUAGGCGUGUCGUUAUAUUUACGCUGCCUACUGCUGUGACAUCAUACACGUGAGAGCGUUGUUGUACAUUCCCAUACAUUCAUUUAUUUCUCAGUCUGCCACAAAAUUAAAAUUGGCCACCACAAAUAGAUGUUUGCACAUCGCGUUUAUAACUACCUCUGUCUCACAUGACAGUUUCUGUU